AUGAGAUUGUUCAGUUUGAGAUUGAAAUUGGAGACUCUUCUGGCUGUGCUGCUGAUUUUGGUGAUAAGUUCAGCUACUGGAACUCAAGAAGAGAAUAUUGUAUCAAGAGAUGAAGGUUCUGAAGUUGGUAGAUCUGAGAGUUCUGGAUUAGAUGUGGAGAGUCUCAGUCGUGACGAGUCACUAUCGUUAUCAUCUGUAACUUCAGCUGAAACAGAAUCAUUAACUUCUGAAAAAUCGAUAACUUCUGAAGAACCGGUAGUAUCUACACCAAGUAUUCAUUGGGAUGAAUCAAUUGGUGUCAAUGAAGAUGUUUCAUAUCAAUUUGAUGAGAAAUUGACUUUACGUCCACUACCAAACAAUUUUUUGCAGAGUUCAUUUAUGUUUGAAAUGAAUUCUACAGAGUUUACCCCAGGUGUUUCAUCAAUUGACUUCGAUAAAUAUAGUCAUUACACAGUGUUUCCAAAGGUCUUCAAUUCUAUUCUACAUACAACGUCAGCUAGAAAGCUACAGAUUAGGUUUACCAGAGGGUUCUGGGAUGCUGAAUCUUGGGGACGUCUGCCGCAUGAUGGGUUCAAAGCAGGUGGUUCUGGUGUAGAGUUAUGGGCAGUUAUCGAAGCAGAUUCUAAAGAGGAUGCCUAUUUGAAAUGGAAAAAGUUGGCCAAUUUAUUAGGUGGUAUCUUUUGCGCCUCUUUAAACUUUAUUGAUAGCUCAAAGACUACUUUCCCUCAUACUUCGAUUGCCGAUGAUUUUGAAUUACCUUUGUUCGAUUCUAAUAAACAGUUAUUUCUAUUAAGAGCAGCACUGGCAAAUGAACCUGUUUGCACAGAAAAUUUAACUCCUUUUGUCAAAUUAUUGCCAACUAAGGGGAAAUCUGGUAUUUCUACAUUGUUAGAUGGUCAUAAGGUCUUUGAUUCGUAUUGGCAUAGUUUGUCUAUUGAUAUAAGUACACGUUGUGAUGCUACUUCUAAUAUUUGUUACGACCAUAUGGAGGCAAAUGUUGAUGUUGUAUUACAUGUUCCAAGCACUUUGUCAAGAAACGAAAUGUCUAUUCCAAAGCCUGUAUCUGGUGACAAUUUAAGGUGUGACGAAACUAAAUUUUAUGAUGCAUUCCAUUGUUUCCCUAAAUCAGAAUCUACUGAAACUUCAUAUUUGAUAUCUAAAAUAUACGGUAGACAAUUAAAGGGUUCUAAUUUAAUUUCAAACCAUCCUUCAAGAGUAUGUGCCGAUGUCAGUGAAGAUUGGAAUAUUUUAAUUGAAUUAAAUGGUGAAUAUUUUGCAACCGAUAAUAAUUGUUUUGAUUUAACAAAUAAUGCUAAGAAUGACAUCUAUUUUGAAUCUAGCAACACAACAAGUAUCUCUAAAUCGGACGACGUCCCUGUAUUUGUAAGUAGAUCAUUAAUCAGUUAUGGGAAUGACCGUGGUGGUUUGCGUACAGUUUUCAGAAAUCCUACAAACAAGGAUGUAAGAGUUAAAUAUUUAGAAGCUCUUCCAUGGUUCAUGAGGGUCUUCCUCUCUACCAUGAAGCUUGAAACAGGCGAUGAAGCAGUUGAAAAGGAAGAACUAAGAAGACUAUUAUCAUCAAUGCAUUAUCUACCCGCUAUAGACAGAAAGAGACCAACAAAUUUAGAAUAUGAUAUUACUAUCCCUGCAUUCUCUACAUAUGUUGUGUCAUACCAAUUUGAAAAGACUCUAUUAGAGUUUGCAGAGUAUCCGCCAGAUGCUAAUCAUGGUUUCGAAGUAGAAUCGGCUGUAAUUACUGUUGUUGAACCUGUUAAUUAUCAAAUUAGAACAUCCACAUUGUUAUUGGUUUUAUCAACUCCAGAUUUCAGUAUGCCAUAUAACGUCAUUAUUUUGUCAUCGACCGUAAUGGGCCUGAUUUUUGGUACAUUAUUCAAUUUACUAGUUAAACGUUUGCUAACUAUAGAAGAAGCUGAUCGUAUAAAGGCUACCUCUGGACCAAAGUAUAAGUUGAGAAAAUUAAAGGAGAAAUUGUUAAGUAAAUUCGCUCCUAGAAAAAAGGACUGA